GCCCUAAAGCAUCGUCCCGCUCAAUGAGUCGACCCCUCCGACCUCUUCUUCCUCAGUCUGCUACCAGAAACCACCCGUCCCAUGCCCCUGCGCCGAGGGACCAUGGCAUCGUCAGAUUUCUCGAAUUCGCCUCUCCUCCGCGAGAAGCAAGAAGUUGUAACUUCGCCACCGCCCCGCCUGUCGCCCAGGAAGCCAGCCUGGAACUGGACGCGCGUAGGCGUCGCGCUUCUGACUGUCGCCGCUGGCGUCAGUGCUCUUAGACACAUUAUCCGUAAUCGUACCGGCCAAGCCAACUACCGCGGAGAGUAUGGACACCGAGACUCGUCUGAAGGCCCUCCCGAAUGGACGGAAUGGUCCAGCAUCACCCCGAGCGAGAAGCUCGUCUGGCAUCCAUGCUUCGGCGUGUAUGGAGAUGACUUCCAGUGUGCCCGGCUGACCGUACCGAUGGAUUACCACCGACCGCUGAAUCAGUCGGCGGACCACCCCAAGGUCCACCUAGCGCUAGUCAUGAAGCCUGCCCGCAAUCGCACUAGCAAUCCGUCGUCCUAUUCCGACUCCCCCUUACUUAUAAAUCCGGGAGGUCCUGGAGGCAGCGGAGCCAUCUUUGCCCUUAUUGCCGGAUCGAUAAUCCACACCGCUAUCGGCACCGAACGGGACAUCAUCGGGUUCGACCCUCGCGGUGUCGGAGCCACGACCCCCCAGGCCGAUUGUUUUGCCAGCCCCCCCGACUUUCUCGGGCUGGACGGGCGCAACGUCGCCUUGAUGAACCGGAUGAACUGGAUCGCGUCGGGCCACGAGAUCGGCCUCAUCAACUCGAGCAGCGUCGCCCUCGCCAAGCAUGAUGUUAGGGCCCGCGCCCUCGCGAAGCUCUGCCAGCGGGUCGACGAGGCCGAAGGCGACAGCAGUAUCUUCCGGUACUUGAAUACCCCCAACGUCGCCCGAGAUAUGCUUUCCAUCGUCCACGCUUGGGACGAGUGGAGAGCCGUCCCCGCAACCAAAUCUGUCGAGCCCACGCACAGCUCCGAGGGCGCGGACCGCGAGGCUCAACCGAUUGAUAAGUUGGCACCGGGUGACAGCACCCAGGGCAAGCUCGUCUACUGGGGCCUCUCCUACGGCACCGUCCUAGGUGCAACCUUCGCGUCCAUGUUCCCGGACAAAGUCGGCCGACUCAUCUUAGACGGUGUCGUGGACGCCGACCACUACGUCAACCCGGUCGCGGCGGACAACAUCCUGGACGCCGAUGCGAUCUGGGAGAAUUUCUUCGUGUACUGCGCCAAGGCGGGACCACGCUGCCCAUUUUCCCAGUUUGGGGAGACGGCCGAGGACCUGAGAAACAGGUACGACGUCCUCAUGAGCCAGCUGGAGAAGGAGCCCGCGAUCGUCAUACCCCCCAACGGCAACGUACCCUUGUUAGUGACGGCUGGCGACCUCAAGCUACUCAUUUUCUCGGCGCUAUACUCGCCCAUUGCGGUUUUCCCUCUAAUUUCCUUCCUUCUCCGAGCCGCGGCCGUCGGCCAACUGGACUCUUUUGCCUCAGCGCCGUCCCCCGGCACGUUCUGUAAAAAUAUGACCUUGCCUGUGUGGCCGGAUGACGCCCAGAAGGCGAUAGGAUGUAGCGACAAGCGAUAUAAGCUCGAUAAAGACGUCCCGGAGCUGCAGAAGGACUUUGAGAAGAUGGCCGAAUACUCGGAGUUCGCCGAUAUCUGGAUGAACGUGGGCUUCAACCUGGCUUGCAACGGGUGGGGGAUCGAGGCAAAGGACCCGCCGAUGCGAUGGGACGACCACCCGGCGCACCGGGCGGACCCGAUCGACACGAGCUUCCCAGUGCUGUUCCUCUCGAACCAGCUAGACCCGGUGACGCCGCUACACGCAGCGCUCAAGAUGACGCGCAAGUUUACCAACGCGAGCAUCGUCGAACAGACGGCCGAGGGCCACUGCACCGUCUCGUGCGUCUCGCCCUGCACCAUCGGCCACCUCCGCGCGUACCUCGACCACGGCGUCGUGCCGCCGCCGCCGAUCUUCGACGACUCCGGCUCGGGUGACGCCGACUCGGGCGAGUGGCCCGUCUGCGCAUGCGCCGAGAAGCCGUUCCGGUCGCUCGAGGAUACGGUGGCUGCGGCGGGGGCGAGCGAUGAUGACGAAAUCUUGCGUGGCACGACAGACGAAGAGGUGCAGGCCAUGAUGGCGCACCGCGAGCUGCGGAACCGGUUCGCCCACUUCGUCACAUUCCACCAGCGGCUGGAAUAUCAGAAUCCGCUCUGGGGCUCGGUGCUGGACAGCUCGGCGCCGUUCGCGGCGAGGGAAAAGCAUACAUGCCACAAGCGGCCGUGAAGACCGGUACGCGUCGCUCGCUGACGUAUGCUAAAACAUGUUGUAGGUAUCUAUCGACGCGUUGGUAUCGUGUACGCGAGAUCUAGUCGGUGUUCGUCUUCAGACUAUUCGUGAUGCUU